AUGGACCUUGAGAAAAGAGCACAAGAAGUUGAUACUGCAGGAUAUUUAGCUAACGACACUAUGAUCGUCGAGAACCUAGGAGAUCAUGCAGAUGCCGAGGUAGCCAAGGGAGCGAAACAGGUUACUGAAAAUUGCAUAAAAAACGUUUAAAGGAGACGAAAUAUCGUACUGUCUAAGAAACCUGACAUGUACCACUGUCUGAAAAAAGAAGUCUUUGAUCAAAAAGCUAUUGAAUUUUCAAAACUGCCCAAAGAAGCGAAGAAAAAGUACAAAGAGAAGACGUUUGGCGAGGGAAAACCAUCAGAUGCCAAAGAACCCCUACAAUUGGCGCCAAAAGAUAUUUCUAAGCUAAGGGCUUGUGAAUCUAACACGUCAUUCAAAGAGGGCAGAUUAGUAAAAAUGAGAAUAGAAAGUGAGACAAGAAAAAAGGAGACA